AUGGAACCUUGGCAAGAAAUUAAUAAGCUAGAGGAGUAUAGAAGGAAGCUAGGGAUUCAUUCUGCUUAUGCUAAUGUGAAUGGUAAGAUAUGGGCUUUUGUGGAUGAAGAUACAAAUGUUGACAUUCUGAUGAACAUAGAACAACAAAUGACACUUAAGUUGUUUCACAAAAAUCUGAACAAUGAAUUAUAUGUGACAUUAGUCUAUGCCAAAUGUGAUCCUACAGAAAGAAUUGAACUGUGGGAUUUAAUGUAUCAUUUAGCCUCAGAUAUGGAAUCUCCUUGGCUUGUUGGAGGAGAUUUCAAUGUUAUUCUAUCUGAGGAAGAGAAAUGUGGAGGACUACCUAUUUAUUUAAGUGAAGUAGAGGACUUUGCACAAUGUGUAGAUGCAUGUGCAUUAUAUGACCUAAGCUUUAAGGGGAUGUUGUGCACUUGGUGGAAUGGGAGAUCUGACAUUGACUGCAUAUUUAAGAGGCUUGAUAGAUACUUUGCAAAUCAACAGUUCCUUGACCUUUUCCCAGCACUUGAAAAGGUGGUAAAGGAGAACUGGGUGACUGAUGGCAUGGGAAAUCCAUUUAUUCUAUUUCACAACAAGUUGAAGAAGGUAAAUGAAGCAUUGGCAAUGUGGAGUAAGGAGACCUUUGGAGACAUAUUUAAGCAAAUUGCAUGA